UCCAUUCCACACACCACGGCGGGAGCUCUCAUGCAGUAAGUGUGUUUAAACUGAAGAUGCUGUUGCUUUUGAGGAAUAUUUGGUCACAAAGGCAGGGAUUUCAUCCACGGGGACCUCUAGUGAGAGUCAACACUGGGCAACAACGCUAGCAUGACUGUUCCCUGGAAAUCACGGCCCGACCUCUUCCGCAUCGGUUUAUUACUGUGUGCAACUGGAGCGGUGUCGGGACAGUUCCAGCUGGAGCCGUUGAAUUCAACAGUGCUUCAAGGCUCUGAUGCGCGAUUCAACGCCACUGUGCAACGAAACUGGCAGGUCAUGACCUGGACUGUCGGAGGAUUGAUGGUCGUCAAUUUCCCCGUCAUCGGUGACAUAACCUCAUCCUCAGAGCAGUUCUCUGCCAGGUUCUGCUCCAGUGGUGACACCAGCUGUGUGGAGUUCACCAUCCAUAACGUCACCCGCAGUGGUGAUGCCAGCCCGGUCGUUUGCGGGGUGCUGGGUGAUUAUGGAUCAAAGACGGCACACCUUUACGUACAAGAGAGCGGUACAGUCAACGUCAACGGGGGAAACGUGACGGUGGUGCAGGACCAGCAGGUGGAGUUCCAGUGUAUAACAUCUGCUUGGUUCCCCACCCCUACUGUCAGCUGGACCCGAAAUGGCCAAGCUGUGAGCAGCAGCCUGUACAACACCACCAGCAUGGCCAAUGGGGAUACCUUCAACUCCACCAGCGUCCUGAAGUUCCAGGCAGUCGGCAACGCCACGGUGGAGUGUCGGGCGACUGUGCUAUCACUAACAAGCCCGCAAUCCAGCUCUGUCUUCUUGGUGGUUGUUCCCAAGCCUCCCGACUGGACCGUGCUGAUAGCUGUGGUCGUGUCCAUUGGAGGUUUCGCUCUGCUGGUUUUGCUCAUCAUCGGAAUCAUCUUCUGCUCCAAGCGCAGGGAAGAAAAACAACCCAACUACCAGGAUGAAAUGAGCAGAAGAGUGAGGACGCACAGCCAGAUAAGCGGUGCCAACGCAGCCGGACAGAGACAGGGUCAAGAGAACGCAGGAUACGUGCCGGAGGGUCAAACAAGUGUGGCUCCCAGCGAACUCACUGACAGCGGCUUUUCCCAGUCAAACGGCUUCAAAGUUUAUAAGGUGGCUGAUGCUAACCAGGCUGGAAAUGGCUAUGGUGGUGCCCACAUCACUGUGGGUGAAUCAGGCGUCAGGAAACACAGACAUGUCACCAUUGUGUAAGGACAGGGAGAGGACCAAAACGUUUAGGAGUUUUGUAACAGACUUGCACAGCACCUUAGAGCUUUACUGGUUUUGGUCUCCAAACAUUUGGAGAAAGGUGUGAAGAAAGACUGAAUCGGCCCAGACCAAAGACUUUUGGCAGAGGAGGCAUGCAGGAUAUGAAUUUAGUGCACUGCCUGUAUAAAGCUGUAUGUGCAGAAUGUAAACUCUCUGAAUUGUGGGAAAUAUAUUCCCUCUUAGUAGCAGUAUCAUCGCCGAAAAGGUGAAGACCGUUAACACUUUCACAACUAAGGCUGUAGCAGCACUACCUGUUUUGGUUGGUCUCAUAUGGUUGACGGGACAUGCUAUUUUAGGGGAAUUGCUAUGGCACUUUAUAUUAAGCAAUAUAUUUGUAUUAAUGUGUUAUGUAAAUCAAAUCAAAUAUUCAAAAAGGGACCAUCAUAAACCUACUUUGUUCAAUGACAUCUGCAAGUGUCUUAAAUUGUAAUCCUCCUUAAAUGUAAUGCUUCUCUGCUCGGUGGCCUAUUUUUAGGAUGUGAUGAAAUAAUGAGUUAACCAAUAAACCCUUUCACAUACAGUGUUUGAAAUAGUCACCAUGAAGAACAUUCCACAUGUAUGAAUUGUUAGCCCGUCAUAACAUUUCUGUUUGUAAUUUAUUAAAGGUGCUCAAUACGGAAUUCAGAGCAUAU